AUGCAAAUAUUUGCAGAAUUUGGUACUGUUUGUUACACCCUGUAUAUUAAACUACAUUUUUUAGGAGUGGCUAAAGGCGAAGAUUUUCUAUCCUUAUCUUAUGAAGAUUUGGUGAAGCUUAUUUCCUCUAAUGACCUUGCUGUUCCAUUUGAAGAAAAAGUAUUUGAAUGUGUUAUCAAAUGGGUAAAGCAUGAUUUGGAUCGUAGAAAUGAUUUUUUGCCAAAAUUAUUGGAACAUGUACGUUUGCCAUUAUUAAAGCCUGAUGUAUUAUUUAAUAUAUCUGGAGAACCUCUUCUAAGCAAUAGUUCUAAAUGUUACAAUUAUAUAAUCGAAGCAUUACAUUUUAAUCAUCAAAAAUCAGUUCAGCAUUUGACCAUUCCAAAAACAAUUAGGUUUAAACCUAGACAGUUUGAUGGUUUUCAAAAAGUAAUUUUAAUGUUCAAUAAGUCAAAUACAUCGCCAAAGUGUUAUACAGAAUGGUAUGAUCCAGCAACCAAACUACGUGAGAAUGCACCAGGGAUAAAUGAUUGUCGUGAGAUGGCUGGUUUUGGUGUCAUAAAUGAUCAAUUUGUGUUUGCUGUGGGAGGUGUAAAUGGAUCGAGUUCUAAAUCUGUUAGUAUGCUUGACGUAUCUUCACAAUCACCAUUAUGGGUUUCAAUGGCUGAAAUGUUAGUUGAAAUCGACUGGGAGUUGGAAUAUUAGGUGAUUCCGUAUAUGCUGUUGGCGGAUUUGAUGGCAAUAGUGUUUUAAAUAGUGUAGAGGUAUUUGAUGUCAGUAAUCAAAAAUGGAGAAUGGUAACCAGUAUGUCUACUAAUAGAAGUGAUAUGGGCGUUGGUGUACUCAAUAAUCGUUUAUACGCUGUUGGAGGUUGUGAUAGUAAAUUUUGUUUGAAAUCUGUGGAAUAUUAUGAUCCUGCACUUGACACAUGGACACCAGUUGCAGACAUGUCUGUAUGUCGGCAUGGUGUUGGCAUAGGGGUCUUGGACGGAAUUAUG